UCCCGAGGGAAGCUCGCUGGUCUGGGUGCCGCUCUGGCCAACUCCUGACACCCCGGCACCCAAAGGAGCGGGUCGUGAAGCGACGCGGCUGAUCCGGCCCAACCAUGGACCGGAAGGUGGCCCGAGAAUUCCGGCACAAGGUGGAUUUCCUGAUUGAAAAUGAUGCAGAGAAGGACUACCUCUAUGAUGUGCUGCGGAUGUACCACCAAACCAUGGAUGUGGCAGUGCUUGUGGGGGACCUGAAGCUGGUCAUCAAUGAGCCCAGCCGCCUGCCGUUGUUUGAUGCCAUCCGGCCCCUGAUCCCGCUGAAGCACCAGGUGGAAUAUGACCAGCUGACACCGCGGCGCUCCAGGAAGCUGAAGGAAGUACGUCUGGACCGUCUGCACCCCGAAGGCCUCGGCCUCAGCGUGCGUGGUGGCCUGGAGUUCGGCUGUGGGCUCUUCAUCUCCCACCUCAUCAAAGGUGGCCAGGCAGACAGUGUCGGGCUCCAGGUAGGGGAUGAGAUCGUCCGGAUCAAUGGAUAUUCCAUUUCCUCCUGCACCCAUGAGGAGGUCAUCAACCUCAUCCGGACCAAGAAGACUGUGGCCAUCAAAGUGAGACACAUCGGCCUGAUCCCUGUGAAGAGCUCUCCAGACGAGCCCCUCAAAUGGCAGUAUGUGGAUCAGUUUGUGUCGGAAUCAGGGGGCGGGCUGGGCAGCCUGGGAUCCCCCGGGAAUCGGGCCUGCAAGGAGAAGAAGGUCUUCAUCAGCUUGGUGGGCUCCCGGGGCCUUGGCUGCAGCAUUUCCAGCGGCCCCAUCCAGAAACCCGGCAUCUUCAUCAGCCAAGUGAAGCCUGGCUCGCUGUCUGCGGAGGUGGGGCUGGAGACAGGGGACCAGAUUGUAGAAGUCAAUGGCAUUGAUUUCUCCAACCUGGACCACAAGGAGGCUGUGAAUGUACUGAAGAGUAGCCGCAGCCUGACCAUCUCCAUUGUAGCUGGAGCUGGCCGGGAGUUGUUCAUGACAGAUCGGGAGCGGCUGGCAGAGGUACGGCAGCGUGAGCUACAGAGACAGGAGCUGCUGAUGCAGAAGCGGCUGGCCAUGGAGUCCAACAAAAUCCUCCAGGAGCAGCAGGAGAUGGAGCGGCAAAGGAGAAAGGAAAUUGCCCAGAAGGCAGCGGAGGAAAACGAGAGGUACCGGAAGGAGAUGGAACAGAUUGUAGAAGAAGAAGAGAAGUUUAAGAAGCAGUGGGAAGAAGACUGGGGCUCAAAGGAGCAGCUCCUCAUGCCUAAAACCAUCACCGCUGAUGUGCAUCCAGUUCCCCUUCGCAAACCAAAAUAUGAUCAGGGAGCAGAGCCUGAGCUCGAGCCUGCAGACAACCUGGACGGAGGCACAGAGGAGCAGGGAAAGCAGCCUUUGGGUGGUUUUACCGUUACGAUGGCAAAUUCCCAACCAUCCGAAAGCUUGCAGGAGUUGAGAAAGAAUAAGAAGGAGCUGGAGUUUGAGCAAAAGCUUUACAAAGAAAAAGAGGAAAUGCUGGAGAAGGAAAAGCAGCUAAAGAUCAACCGGUUGGCCCAGGAGGUAUCUGAGACAGAGCGGGAAGACCUUGAGGAAUCGGAAAAGACUCAAUACUGGGUGGAAAGGCUCUGUCAGACACGCCUUGAGCAGAUUUCCUCUGCUGAUAAUGAGAUUCCAGAGAUGACCACAGGGCCCCCGCCUCCCCCACCUUCUGUGUCGCCUCUGGCCCCACCCUUGAGACGCUUUGCAGGUGGCCUGCACCUCCACACCACUGACCUGGACGAUAUCCCCUUGGACAUGUUUUACUAUCCCCCCAAGACUUCCUCAGCCUUGCCUGUGAUGCCCCACCCUCCACCCUCCAACCCCCCUCCCAAGGUCCCAGCGCUCCCUGUGCUUCCAUCCUCCUGCCAUGUGAGCGCCUCAUCCUCACCCUGGGUGCAGCGCACUCCACCCCCCAUCCCUAUCCCACCCCCUCCGUCCAUUCCCACCCAAGACCUCACUCCUACCCGCCCACUGCCCUUGGCGCUGGAAGAGGCACUGGGCAAUCACCCGUUCUGUGCUGGGGACGCAGGCAGUGGAUCAGAGGACUGGCAGGCCAAGAAGCACAGUGGGAAGCCCAGCAGCUCCCCUGCCCCUGAGCGGAGCUUCCCACCUGCCACAAAGACGUUUUGCCCAAGUCCACAGCCCCCACGGGGCCCUGGCGUGUCCACCAUCUCCAAGCCUGUCAUGGUCCACCAGGAGUCCAACUUCAUCUACAGGCCAGCUGUGAAGUCCGAGGUCUUGCCACAAGAGAUGUUGAAGAGGAUGGUGGUUUAUCAAACAGCAUUCCGACAAGAUUUCCGGAAAUAUGAGGAAGGCUUUGACCCCUAUUCCAUGUUCACCCCAGAGCAGAUCAUAGGGAAGGAUGUCCGGCUCCUGCGCAUCAAGAAGGAGGGAGCCUUAGACCUGGCCCUGGAAGGUGGUGUGGACUCCCCGGUCGGGAAAGUGGUUGUCUCAGCUGUGUACGAGGGGGGAGCAGCUGAGCGGCAUGGUGGCAUUGUGAAGGGGGAUGAGAUCAUGGCGAUCAAUGGCAAGAUCGUGACGGACUACACCCUGGCUGAGGCGGAGGCUGCCCUGCAGAAGGCCUGGAACCAAGGCGGGGACUGGAUCGACCUCGUGGUGGCUGUCUGCCCCCCCAAGGAGUACGAUGACGAGCUCUCUUCUUCCAACUCUGCAGCUGAAAGCCCCCAGCUGGUCCGAAAGCUCCUUGAAGCCGGUGCUCCCGUGUACAGACACGGGUUUCUCCUGCAGCUGGAGCCCACGGACUUUCUUCUAAAGUCUGGGGAGAGAAAACAAUUUCACCCCUAGAAAAUGUGAGCCCUGGCCCUACCCCUUCAAAACAAAGCUGCCGUCAGUCUUGCAAGUCUGCCAGCAAGUGUCCCUGAAACCUGGCACAGCACCCACGAAUUGCCAGCCCUGUGGCCCAGAAUGAUGGCUGGACAAGGAGCAUUUCCGGCAGCUCUGCUGAAGGCCAGCACAGAAGGGAGGGAGCACCCUGUCCUUCUGGCCCAUGACUCUGGCCUCUCCCCGCUCUGGGGACUCCUCCCUUGAGCCUCAUCUAGGACCCCAGUCUCUCUUUUCUCUCCACCAUCAUCCCUCUAACCUGUCUCCUGCUGUAACUGCUGCUGCAAACUACUCCCAGCUCACUGAUAAAAUAAACAGGUUUCUUUUCCAGCCUGUGAGAGUGAAUUCAAGGCUGUCC